AUGGCGGACCCGCCGCCACUCCCAUCACCGCCGCCACCGCCGCCGCCGGUGCUUCACCUGCGCUUGGAGCUGACUGGCGAUGAGGCACGGCCGCUGGCGGUGGUGCUCCAGCUUGCGGCAGACGAGCGGGUGCGGCUGCAGCUGGAUAUCCAAGACGAUGGCAGCGUGGCGGCAACCCUCGAGCCUGCUCGCACUGGUACCGCGGAAAUGUCGCCCGCCGGUGUAAAGGCAGAGGAGGCUGGCAGCAGCGCAGACAGCGCAGCCCCAGAGCCGCAGGCGCCGACACUGGAGCAACAGCACGCCGAUCUGCUGCAUGAGAAUGGGCGCCUACAGGGCCGUGUGCGGCAGUACCUGGACGGCAUCACCAAGGCCUCCCGCAAGACGCUGCAGCACGCCAGCGGGCAGCUGAUGGAGGGCGCAGAGCAGCGCUACCUGCUGGCCCUGCAGCAGCUGCGCCUCCUGCGCGGCGAGCAGGCAUCGGCGGCGGUCGCCGCAGAGGCGGCGCUGGCGCCGGAGCGUGCGCGCCUGGCCGCGGCCGCCGCCAAGACGCAGGCGCAGCGCGAGGCGCUGCUGCGCUUCGUGGCAGACGCGGCAGCGGCCUCGGAGCGCGCAGCAGCUGCUGGCCGCAUCAAGGCCGCGGUGUCGUCGGCGGCGCUGCAGCGCUUCCUGGCAGCCGAGCCGGCCAAGGGUGCGGAAGUGCGGGCGCUGCGCGCAUGCCACGCGCGGCUCAGACGCCAGCUGGAGGCGGCCGAGCGGCGGCUCAAGGCCGCCGACCAGCUGUCGGCGGAGGGUCUGCACCUGGUGGACUACGAGCAGCUGCGCAUAGAGAAUGCCAGCCUGGCGGCCAAGCGCGAGGCACGGGCGGCAGAGGUGGACAAGCUGCGGGGCAAGCUGGCGCAGGCGGUGCAGAUAACGGCCCACGUGCGCGAGAAGCUUCACUGUGUGGGGCUGGAACGUGGGGCGCUGGCUGCCAGGCUGGAGGCUGUGGAAGGCGAAGUGCAGCAGGCGCGCGCGCAGGCGACGGCGGCGCGGGCGCGGCGGGAGCGCGCCCAGCGGCGGCGCGGCGACCUGGCACAGGACUGGCGGGUGGUCACCGACCGCCGCUGCCUGGCCGACAUGCAGCAGCAGGAGGCGGAGCUGGCGGAGCUGCAGGCGCAGGCCGCGGCGCUGCGGGCGCGGUACGAGGCGCUGGGGAGCGGCGGCGGCGGCCAGUCGGCGGCGGGCGACGGGCGAUAG